GCUGUGAACAAAGAUCACAGUUAGUGUUCCGAUAAAUUCGGAAUAACGGGUCAAUUUAUUUCCAAGAAAUCCGCGUACAACGCAUCACGCACAAUGCACGGUGGUGGCUACAACUCUGGGUUUGAGGAAAAUGACGUAGGAGCAAAGAGAAAGAGCUCAUCAAGGUAUGACGAUUUAAAGAAAAAGACUAAACAACCAUACGUUGAUCAUUCCUCAAAACUACCAUCAAGAUCAAGUUAUGUGGAUUCUUAUGAAAAAGAAGAGAAAAAGAGCCACUUCGCAAAAUUUCUCUCCUUAAAUGCUUAUGAAAGACACAAAAAGUUAGUGCAUGAUUACAUAGCAUAUUAUGGAGGGAAGAUGGAAGACUUCAAAAGAGACAGUACAAAAGACAAAACAGACUUCGACGUAAUCAAGGAAAACCAUCAAUUCAUAUGGGACGAGAAUGACGAUUCUGAAGAUUCAUGGGGGAAGAGAUUAGCGAAGAAAUACUAUAACAAAUUAUUUAAAGAAUAUUGCAUAUGCGAUCUUAGUCGGUACAAGGAAAAUAAAAUUGCAAUGAGGUGGAGAGUUGAAAAGGAAGUAGUUGAUGGGAAAGGACAAUUUUCUUGUGGUGCUAGGAAAUGUGAGUGUACAGAGGGACUUAAAAGUUGGGAGGUCAAUUUUGGAUAUUUAGAGCACGGAGAAAAGAAAAAUGCUUUGGUGAAGUUGAGACUUUGUUCAGACUGUUCAUACAAGCUUAAUUAUAAUAAAAAACAUAAAAAGAGUAAAAAGAAAAAAAAGAAGUCUAAGAAAAAAAAAGUAAGAAAACAUAAACGAAAAGAUUCAUCUGACUCCUCAUCAACUGACUCCUUCUCAUCUGAUGAAGACACUCCCAGUAAAGAAGGUGAAGAUGUAAAGUCUACAGAUGGUGUUGAUGUUAAAGUUACCGAAACUGAAAAUAUAUGGGAAAAGCCUGUUGAGGUGGAAGUAGAAAAAUCAAGGGAGGAUGUGUUUGACGAUUAUCUGGAAGAUCUUUUUAUGUAAAUACAGGCUGUAAAACGUAGGACAGAGUGACUACCAUUUUGCAUACUUGAAGAAGAUAAUGUUGUCAAAUUUCUUGUAUACGUAUAUAUGUAAAUACACCUUCAUGUGUA